UCUUUCUCUCUGCCCUCUGUAAAAACAAGCUGAGCUCUAGAACUUCAGAAAGUGUGCAAAUCAUAGUCAGGAUGAUCAAAAUUGGUCCGGUGGGGCUGGGGAAGCAGUUGCCUCACAAUCACACAGAUUGGGAUGAGAAUGGACAUAGUGAGAUAGUUCAGAUCUUUGUAUCGCAUGGUGAUUCGAAUAAAAUCAAUUCCAUACAAUUCCAGUAUUCUGAGGAUGGAACUUUGGAAUUGUCUAAGAGAUAUGGCGAAAGUUCUGGACACACAUUUGACGUGGUAAGGUUGGAUUAUCCAUCGGAGUAUCUUACCUGGGUCAGCUGUCGUGUGGUCAUUGGAACUUUUGGCGCUUUUGGCGAUGGUAUAAGUUCACUAACAUUUGGUACCAAUCGAACAAAGCGCGGGCCGUUUGGUUGCCCUACCGAAGGAGACAGAGAGUUUCGGAUUCAAUUGGGACCGGAACGGCAAUUCGGUGGAUUUCAUGGUACUACUAUCGACAACCGUGACCGACUAGGCUCCAUUGGGGUCUACCUCAAGCCAAUUAAAACACUCGGCAAGUUCCAGGACAAAAGUGCUAGUCCUUCUGUAUUUGGUGCCGAGGGCCGGGUUUGAUAAAAAUUUUAAAUAAUAUGUUGUUAUGUCAUUUGGACUCCAAAUUUAAUUCUAAAAUUUGGUCAGCAUAGUAUUAUUAAUCUUCAAAUAGCUUGGGAUGUUCCUAUUUUUGAUGUUGUAUGUUGGUGUAAAACUAUGUAAUGUUAGUAUUACGAGUAUAUCUUUGGUACCAAAAGCUUAAUAGACUUUAUUGAUGUAUUAUUAUUAUUAUCUCGUAUGACUAUUUCGUGAGUACGUGAAUGUGCAAGAGAACAGAGUAUGAGUCACACCGACACUAGAGGGAGAUGAGGGUGAGGGUCAUCGGUUCGGUGGAUUUCAUGGCACUGCUGAGCAUGCCCUAAACUCCAUUGGAGUUUAUGUCAAACCAGUCACACCUCCAGACACUCCGAACAAUGUCGCGUGACAUAAGAUGUACUUUGCCAGUUUACUGAUUAUAUGUUUUUGAUGUAUUAUAUGAGUGCACUCCGAACAAUGUUGUGUGAUAUAACAUGUACUUUGCCAGUUUA